GACGUCGAAUCGUCGACACGACACAGAAGGUUUUCCAAAAAUUCGUCUGCUAGCGAAACAGUGUAAUUUUGGUUGCAAAUUAAAUUUUUAAGUUAAAGCGUUGUUCAAAGUAGUUUUAAAUAAAACUGCAAGGAUGUUUGGAUUGAAUUGGUUAAAACCGAUACUCAGAAGAAAAAUGAAACCUAUUCCACAAGAUAGGGCUAAAAAGGCGCUCAGUACUUUAACCUUGACCUACGUAUUUUUAGGAUGGAAUUUUGUAUCAUUACUAUUGUAUUUAACUUGGAAAAAGUCGAUUCCUGAGGGCCCAGAAAAAGUAAGAAAAUAUGCAGAAGUAUUGAACAUAGAUCACGCCCAUGUCAUUAAAUUUUCUGGAUUGAGUAAGGUAUCAGAGUAUAACAUAGACAGAACAGAAGAAGUUAUGCAAGAUACAAAGAGGAGAAGAAUGGUUACGGAUUUGCAUCCCCCAGUCAAUAGGCAAACUCAAGGACUCGAGAGUGAAAACAUCACAGAGGAAUCGAGUACAAGUUUUUAAUAAUUCCUUCUCUUCAUUUCUUACAAUCUUGUAUGUAUAGGUAAAUUCUACUAUUGUAAAUAGGGACGCUAUUUCAUAAAAUACCGUACAAAAAAUAA